GGGUGGGGGUGGGGCUCCUAUCGCACGCUAGGGGGCGGCACUGAACUUUUUUAACCAACUCCUUAUCCGUUUUUGAGCCUCUUUCUCUUCUAGACCCGGAAGAGAGCAAAGGAAGGCGGGGCUGUCUCGACUGCCCGCCUUGCUCUUCUUACUUCCGGGGCUAGGCUUCUCCCGUUACUAUAGUAAUGGGGCAGGCAAGACUAAUAGCCCUCAGCUUUUACGCCCAAGUAGGUCAGACUCCGCCGAGUUCCCUUCCGAAGCGAGGAGCGCGAACUACGGUUUCCUGUAUCAGCUGUUGAGUGACAGGCGCGUCAUGGAGGGAAAGAGAAAGAGGAAGGAUAAUGGCAGCUAUCCCGUGACUUGAGGUGCUGUCACAUGACUCUGUGGCUGCUGGGAAGAAGGAAAGAGAGUGAGGAGAAUCGCGGGACGGGCUGGUAGGAGGUCCUAGGCUGGAGGGGUAGGACGUGGCCCUGAUUGUUUCAGCUGCUGUUAACUAUGGGGACCGUCCUGGACAUCAAGAUCAAAAGGGCCAAUAAAGUCUAUUACGCCGGGGAAAUGCUCUCUGGCGUAGUGGUUAUAUCUAGCAAAGAUUCAGUACAACACCAGGGAGUUCUACUGACAAUGGAAGGACUGGUGAACCUGCAGCUCAGUGCCAAGAGUGUUGGCAUGUUUGAAGCUUUCUGUAACUCUGUUAAGCCUAUCCAAGUUCUUAACAGUUCAAUAGAAAUUGUGAAGCCAGGAAAAUUUCCCAGUGGCAAAACAGAAAUUCCUUUUGAGUUCCCUCUGCAUGUGAAAGGCAACAAAGUUUUAUAUGAGACCUAUCAUGGUGUAUUUGUCAACAUUCAGUAUACCCUCCGGUGUGACUUGAAACGCUCUCUUUUGGCCAAAGACCUGACAAAGAUAUGUGAAUUCAUCGUUCAUUCUACUCCUCAGAAGGGUAAAGCGACUCCAAGCCCUGUGGAUUUCACGAUCACGCCUGACACCUUGCAGAAUGUCAGAGAGAGAGCUUCCCUGCCCAAGUUCCUGAUCAGAGGACAUCUGAGCUCCACCAACUGCGUGAUCACACAACCACUCACGGGGGAGCUGCUGGUCGAGUACUCGGAAGCUGCCAUCAAGAACAUCGAGCUGCAGCUGGUGCGGGUGGAGACCUGUGGUUGCGCGGAAGGCUACGCCAGGGACGCCACCGAGAUCCAGAACAUUCAGAUUGCGGACGGCGACAUCUGCAGGGGUCUGUCUGUGCCCAUCUACAUGGUCUUUCCCAGACUCUUCACGUGCCCCACUCUGGAAACGACCAAUUUCAAAGUCGAAUUUGAAGUUAAUAUUGUGGUCCUGCUUCAUGAUGAUCACCUCAUCACAGAGAAUUUCCCAUUGAAACUCUGCAGAAUUUAAAGGAAGAAGAUGAAAUUUUGAGGAACUGAAGAGAUCGAGGGGAUGUUCACAUAGUUGAUAGACUUUUACUCAGAGUAAAAGCUUCAAAUAUACACUUGUUUUUCUUUAUUAUCUGACCAGAAAUGAACUUAAUGUCUCAGAAAUUGUAAUAAUAAUUAUGUCUUGUGUUCCUUUUGACUUCUGUUUCUAGAACAUAUAUGGCUUUUCAGUCACUGGGUUCAGUGAUAUAUUUUCUUUGACAUUCAAGGAUUUUUUUAGUGUUUAUUAAUAAUAUUACUUGGCAGAAAAACGUAUUUGUACCUAGACUCAACUUUUCUUCUCUAGGCAUGACAAUGAAGAGUUUUAUAACAAUGGUGUUAACAUUACUGAAUAUUUAGGAGAAGUAAAAGAAAUUGUGAAGAUCUCUCAGUGCUCUAAGCAACUUUCUGUCUGCAAUAUGCAGAUGAUACAGAUCUGCAUUACCUUGAACUUUGGGGCCCAGUCCCUGGCCUCGUCCUGUAGAUCUCCCAAAAUUGCCACCAAGGACCAACAGCUCUAACUCUGGGACAGAAAGUUUGUAGCUCGAAAUACAUCUUCAGUCAUCAAAAGGGAGCUGAGAAGAACUCCUUAAUCUGGCAGUGACAGAGGCAGUUUGGAGCAGAUAGAGGAGGGUCCUGGCAUUCUUGUCUUCCCCUCUGACACAAACCCAAUUGCCUUUGUGACUUGGAACAAGAGCCUCCGUUGUCAAGGCUCCAGCCAGGCUCUGAGAUUCUGCCUUGGAGUAAACCAGCUAAUGGAGAUCUGCUUCUCCCCUCACCUCUCUGCUGACUUCCAGUCUUGUAUCUCCAGCUUUCAGGCGUCUGACUGGAUGUCCGAUAGACAUCUUCACCUCAAAACGCAGCAUAUCCCAAACUGACCUCAUCAUCUUUUCCUCUGAAUCCUCCUGCUCUCCUCACCUCUCCUGCUACUACAGAAAGCGAUCCUGCCUGCCUUUCCAGUGCCUGUGACUCAUCGUCAUCCUCCAGUAUCUCACCUCCCACAUCCAACUCCCUCAUGUACCAAGGCUUGACAGUUGAACUGUUACAUCUCUUAUCUCUCUUUUCUCCGCUCACACUGGAGCAGGCCUCAUCACCUGGACUAUUGUAGGCUUCUGGUGACUCUACCUGUCUCAAGGCUCUUCCAUUCAGUCUCCAAGGUGCUAACCAUGUAGCCCUUACUGCUCCUGACUGUAAUAAGGGACUAUUCUGAUUGGUACUUGAUAACUAAAGAUCAGGUUGUUACCUACUUUCUUCCUCCCUCCCUUCAGCCUCCCCUUCCUUCUUUUCUUUUUCUUCUAAAUCAACUCAGGGUGAGUUUGUGAGAUCUCAAAUGAAAUAUUUUCUCUUCUUCAUCUCAUGUAAGGGGUUUAUUUGGGGAAGACGGGAAAGGAUAAGAAAUGGAGGUAAAGGGUUGGGGAUUUCCCUAAUACUACAAUGAGUCUUAGGUUGGAGGAUGGUGAAAUAUAGUUCAAUUGAGAGAAAUGGCUGAUAGGUCUGGAAGUUCAGUCACUGUCACAAUAGAGCAAAUCAGAGAGUGAGCGAACUGGACUUUGUCCUUCUUCUAUCUUCAAGCUCAGAGACCACCUUCCUUUCUUCAGUCUCCAAAACCAAGAAAACAGACUUCUUCCCUCUUUCAAGCCAGAAAGUUCCAGCCAUCAGUGGUUUGCUUCCAACUGCUUCUCCCAGUCAGAUUCCAAAUCAGAAUACUCUUGUUUGAAUGACAGGUCAUCAGUCUCAGCUACUCCUGUCUUGUAGCAGGCUUUCCCCCUUUCUAUCUUCCACAUGACUCAGUAAACUCCAGUGGUUCCCUUUUGCCUUCAGGAUCAAAUAUAAAAUCUUUUGGGGACAGAAAGCCUUUUAUAACUCAACUCCUUCCUACCUUUCCAUCCUUCUUGCACCUUAGUCUUUGCCACAAUACUGUUCAAUUUAAUGACACCAGCUUCCUCACUGUUCUGCAUAUAAGACAUUCCAUCUCCUAAGUGUUUCUCUGGCUGUCCCCUGGGUCUGAAAUGCUGUCCCUCUUAACUUCUGCCUACUGACUUCCUUUAAGCCCCAACUAAAAUCUCAUUUAUUUUGGAUAAGGCCAAUUUUUGGAUGUGUUUUAUUUGCCUAUAUGUAUUUGAUAUACAAUUGAGUUUUUUGUGGGGUGAGGAAGUUAUAUGGAAAAGAAAAGUGGUAAUAGCAAACCCCAAAAAUUAUAUCAAAUAAUUUUUUUAAGGAUAUAGGUUAUUUAAGGAUAUAAGGAUAUGUUUAUAGGAUAUACAGAAGGAGAUGGAGCCAAGACGGCAGAUUAGAGUAACCCAGCUGAACCUUCUCAACAUUCUCUGAAUUCUUCUCCAACAAUUUAAAAAUAACGCGCCUCAAGCCAAAUUCUGGAGUGGCAGAGCCAACAAGAAAGUCCAACAAAAACAUAGUUUAACCAUAAAAAGCUACUCUGGUGGCAGGGAAGACUAAAACGUAAACUCAGAAAAAGACAACAAUGUGAAAACAGUCUCUUAAAAAAGCCUUAAAAAAGCGAAUUGGAAACAAAACAAAAUAGUUUGCCUAGAUGAAUUAAAGUGGUAGAGAAAUAAUUGGAAAAAGAAAUUAUUGUGAUGCAACAAAAUUAUGAAAAGAGAAUUCGCAGCUUGGUAAAAGAGUUGUGUGUAUAUGUACACACACACACCUGAAGAAAAUAACACUUCUAAAAACAGAAUUGACCUCAUAGUAAAAUAAGAACAAAAGUUCACUGAAGAAAAGAAUUUCUUAAAAGGCAGAGUUGGGCAAGUGAAAGCUAAUGACUCCAUGAGACAUCAAGAAACUAAAAAAAAAAAGUCAAAAGUGGAAAAAAUAGACGGAAAUGUGUGAUAUAAGAAAAAUAACUGACCUGGAAGCUAUUUCCAAAGAGAUAUAAUUUUAAAAGUAUUGGACUACCUGAAAACCACAAUCAAAAAAGCCAACACAUUUUAUUUUAAGAAAUCAUCCAUCCAGGAAAAUUGGCCCAAUAUCUUAGAUCCAAAGGGUAAAAUAUAUAUAGCCAAAUUCCAAGAGUUCCCAGGUCAAGGAGAAAAUGUUGUAAGCAGCCAGAAAGAAACCUUACAGAUAUAGUAGAGUCACAGGUAGGAUCACACAAGAUUUAAUAGCUACUGAUAUAAAGGAGCUUGAAAUAAUGGUAUUUCAAAAAGCAAAGGCACAAGGACUAUAAUCAAGAAUAACUUACAUAGCAAAACUGACUAUAAUCCUUCAUGGGGAAAAAACAAAUAUUUAAUGAAAUAGAGGGCUUUCAAGCCUUAUUGAUGUAAAGUCCACAGCCCAAUAGAAAAAUUUGAAUAAAAAAUAAAAAGGUAAACAUAAAAAGGUAAUAUGAAAGCAUAACAUGAGGGACUCAAUAAAAUUAAAUUGUUUAUGUUCUUAAAUGAGAAGAUGAUACAGGAUACAUGUAACUCCUAAAAACUUUUUCAUUAGGGCAGUUAAAAGGAGUUUAAAUAGGUAAAGGGCCUGGAUGCAUCUUGGAAUGAUGGCCAAAAAAAAUUAAGGGAUGAGAGAAAGGGGAAUAAUAUUAGAAAUUUAUGAAAAGAAUGAAUAGCUUGGUAAAAGAAGCAGAAAAAUAUUGAUGAAAAUAACUCAUUAAAAAGCUGAAUUGGUCAAAAGGAAAAAGGUACAAAACCUCACUGAGGAAAAUAAUUUCUUUAAAAUUGGUCAAUUAAAGUUAAUGACCUAUUUAGACACUAAAAACAAAACAAAAUUAAAAGAAUAAAAACAGGAAAAAAAUGUGAAAUGUCUCACCCCCCAAAAAAACCCCCAACGUAAUGAAAAUAGAUCAAUAAGAGAUAAUUUAAGUACUAAAAAAUUAUUGAUUACUUUAAAGCCAUGAUCAAAGAACCUAGACACCAUAUUUCAAGAACCAGCAGGCAAAAUAAAAAUGAAAAGAAUUCACUGACCACCUCCUGAACGAGAUCCCAAAAUAAAGAGUUUACAUGAUUUGUCUAAGGUCACAGAGGUGAGAAAUUACAAAGUAAUUAUUUGAACUUGGGUUGUGCGACUCCCAAGUUCAGUCACCUGGAUAGAACAUAUAGCUAGAGAUUUAGAUAUGUGCUGGGACUAGUAAAGAAGACCUUAGUCCAAAUACAGCCUCAGAAACUUACUAGCUAUGUGACCUUAGACAAGUCAUUUUGCCUCAACUAUAAACGAGAAUGAUAACAGCACUUACUGUAAAGGGUGAAAUUAUGGUUGAGACUGAAAAAAAAAUCUAAAUUUAAGUGGUCGCCAAGGGAAAUCCCAAAUAAUAAAAUACCCAAGACAGCUGCCAAAUUCUAUGGUGAUUUAAUUGAUAGUGGAGAAGAUUAAGAAGAAGGAAUAGGUUCUCUCCCUCCUCCCCCCCCCCCCCCCAAACUGGUUAGUAUCUGGCGGGGAGAUCAGGAGAUAAGGGAGUAAGGGUUUGGAGUAUGAAGGAGGAAGGAAUCAGCCUGACCUCCAAAGGGGCUCAGCUAAGAUGACCGAACCUGAAAUUGACUCCAGGGCAAAACUCACCAUCCAAUACUGCAAGAUGUCGGAACACUUAGCAUGCUGCCAGCCAGAGUUGUCUCUCCAGGGAAAAAGAAGGAGGCAGGAAGUGACGUGCCUUAUAUGGACGUUUUUACAUCACUUUUCUGCAUCUCAUCUGUACCAAUGAGGACUUAGCUUGACUUAGGACAGCCCAGAGGUCUGUCCUUUCUUUGCACAUGUCUGUUGAAGGCCAUCUCCUCAGAUAAUUAAAUCUUGAGUUUGAUGCAGACCUUAAAAAUCUUGUUAAACUGAGUAGGGUGGAGAAUGUAGAGUUUACAAGACCUGAUUCUGUUAUUCCAAGUAUCUCCAUUGUUACUGAUCAGGAAAUAGCUAAAUCACAUCUUCUAAAGAAUGGUCUGAUUAGGGUGGAAUACUUUUAAAAUUCACAUUACCUCCUAGGAUUUUGUGAGAAUUAUAUGUAAAAGUAAUUUAGUUUAAUGUCUGGUAUCAAUAAUUAAUAAUGUCAUGAUAUAAAUUCUUAUUUUCUUCCCUUCAUGAUCCUAGAUUUUUAUGCUAAUUGUUGAGCAAUGGGUCCAAAGCAAAAGCUCAAAAUAAGCCAAAAUUGUAGUAGACUCAGAUUUUAGAGGGUUUUCAAUGGCAGUUUAUUUUUACUAUCAAGUAGUGAACAAUGGGAAAGGUCAAAAGUUAGAGAUGAAGUUCAGUAAGAUGGUGGACUCCUCUUACUGAAUGACAAAGAUGGAGUCAGGGAGCCUUUCCAACAAAAUAAGUUUAAGGUGUUCCCAAUCUAAGUCCCAUUUUGAAUAGACAGUAUUGAAACAGUCCUUGUUUUGAUUGGUUAAAACCUACUUGAAUAAUUACGAUUGUAAAUUGCUUGUUUUCAUUAGCUAGCUUCCAAGAGAAGAUUAUAAUUCUCAAGUAACCAGCCAAUGGUGAAGGGGGAAAGGACCCAUUUUUGCUUUAGGGACCAGGAUAAAAGAAGACUGCCUACUCGCAUGCUUUGUACUUGCUUACUGUAACACUGGCUCAUGGGUAUCCAUUCUCAUGAGGCUGAAAUAAAAGAGCCUUUGAUACACUGAA